AUGAAUGAAGAGGAGAAACCUGACAGUGCGGAGACAACAUUAAACGAUAAAGUGGGCAAACAAAGUCCAGCCUUCGUCCGCAGCCUGCAUCAACAGGGUGGAGAGGUGCAGGUGGUUGUCAGGGCAACGCUCAGGGCCAAUUUAGAAGACGUGCCUCGCGCCGAAUCAGCACGGGGGAAGUCUUGGAAACGGUGA